UCCUCAUCUCUCCAGGAAGAUGAAGAGGUAGAUAUGGAGGCUGUCAACUGGCAGCUGAGCAACACCUCCGUGAAUGGGCAUUCAUCCACCCCAACCACAGUUCGCUUUCCCAGCUGGGUGACUUUUGAUGACAAUGAAGUCAGUUUUUCACCACAGAACCUUUCUCCCUUGAAAACAGACACCCCGCCUGCAGAAACACAGACUCCAGAUGUUAACUGUAACCUCACUACAUCCUUUAAGAAAAGAGAGCGUCCUAAAAGCACACUGGGUGACCUCUCCAAAAUUCAAAAACUAGAUCUCUCCUCGAUAACCAAGUUGCCUUCUGUUGAAACGCCACCAUGGAGUGCUACUAAUCCCUUCCUGGAUGAAUCUCUGCGAGAUGUCCAGCCCUCACCCAUCAAUCCAUUCAGCUCAUUCUUUGAGGAGCGGGACAGGCGUUCCAAAAGUUCUUCUGUCUCCAGUGCUCCAGGCAAAAGCCAAAGAGACUCUCUCAUUAUUCUCCAUCAAGAGCCUGAUGCCAUCAGCUUCCAUGAGGCAAACAAAAGUGUAACCCACACAGAUGCUGUAGAGCAGCUCAAGCAACUCCAGAUUGGAGACCCAGAUCGUGUGACCAGCCCUACCUUGCCUGAUGAUGACCCCAUGAUGCCAUAUGAUCUGGAUGUAGCCUUAUUUAACCUGGCAUCAGCUCAGCCAAAGGAUGGAUGGCCAAUGAUGCUCAGGAUCCCAGAGAAGAAGAACAUUAUGUCAUCCAGGCACUGGGGACCAAUAUACGUCAAGCUGACCGACAGUGGAUGUAUACAGCUUUUUUAUGAGAAAGGACUGGAGAAGCCUUUCCGGGAGUUCAAACUUGAAAUCAACCAUGAGAUUUCUGAGCGCAAACUCCAGAACUAUGAUGAGAAUGGAAGGAUACACAGUGUGCGGUUGGACCGCACAACCUACAAGGAGAAAAAGAAGUAUCAGCCUAAGCCAGCCAUUGCUCACACAGCAGAGAGAGAGCAAAUCAUCAAGCUUGGGACUACAGAUUAUGAAGACUUCCUUAGCUUCAUCAGUGCUGUGCAAGACACGCUGAUGAACUUGCCAGCCUCGUCAACAGAUCUGAGCACGGUGGGACUAAACUAUCAAGAGGAAGAAAUCACGGUUGAUGUCAGGGAUGAGUUUCAUGGCAUCUUGGCCAAAGGAGACAGUGCGAUUCUCCGGCACAGUGUGCUGACCCAUAUCUAUGUUCUCAGCUUCCUUUCUGGCCUGGCAGAGUGCAGACUGGGCCUUAAUGAUAUCCUGAUCAAAGGGAAUGAAAUAGUUGCAAGGCAGGAUAUUAUGCCCACUACUACCACUAAGUGGAUUAAGUUGUACAGCUGUCGGUUCCAUUCAUGUGUGGAUGAGGAUAUGUUUAACAACUCCCGUAUUAUCCUGUUCAACCCCUUGGAUGCCUGCCGGUUUGAACUGAUGCGAUUCAGAACUGUUUUUGCUGAGAAAACUUUGCCUUUUACUCUGAGGACAGCUGCCAGCAUCAACGGUGCUGAGGUGGAGGUGCAGAGCUGGCUGAUGAUGUCCACCGGCUUCUCUUCCAACCGUGACCCUUUAACUCAGGUCCCUUGUGAGAACGUCAUGAUCCGCUACCCCGUGCCAAACGAGUGGGUGAAGAACUUCCGCAGGGAGAGCGUCCUGGGGGAGAAGUCUUUGAAAGCCAAGGUGAACAAGGGGGCCACUUUUGGAUCAACCAGUCUGUCUGGUUCUGAGCCAGUAAUGAGAGUAACUUUGGGAACUGCCAAAUAUGAGCAUGCCUUUAAUUCCAUCGUAUGGAGGAUAAACCGACUGCCUGACAAAAACUCAG